GGGGGGGCGAUUCGCCGGGGCGGGGCGGCCGUUGGGCGCGGCCAUUUUGAACGUACGAAGGCCGGUAGCUGCCUUUGGGGUGGCAGCUAAUGGACGCGCUGGCUCUGCGCGUUGUGUGGGCGGCUGUUGGGCUCCCAGGGAAACGGCCUCACGCGGAGCAGCGCCAGGCGGCGGCGGGCGCGGGAGAGAGACUUAUCACAUAUAAAAAUGAUUGACUCGGUCAAAGUAAGAAGACAGUGCAUGCUGGAUUUCUACUCUCAUUAUGAACAUCCAUGUGCUGUUCAAGGCUCUGUCCCACUGAAAGCUGUGAAAGCCAAUCUGAAUGAGGGUGCUCUUGAUCUAACUGUAGAUAGCAUCAAAGCUGCUGACUGGGCACCGCUUCUAAAUGCUAUCAGGCAUAAUAAGACCCUGACUUCUAUUGCAAUAGGAAGUUUUCAUCAACAGGGUCUUGGAGAAUCAGGUGUUGAAAGGUAUAAAACUUACUUCAGAAGGAGAAUUCCAGCAAUUCGAUCAAAAGAUUUGACUGGUCAACUAUGCAAAGCUGUCAAAGGCUGUCUGAGUAUAUCAGAUGUACUAAAAAACUUGGAACUGCAGGGACUGCUUCUGAGAGAAAGAGAUCUAAUACUUCUAACAAAGGGGUUGGCCAAAACUUCAUCUCUGGAGAGCAUCUCUCUAGCCCACUGUCUGAUUGGAGAUGGAGGAUUAGAAACAAUCUGUCAGUGUGUGAAGAAUUCAGCUAGUAUCAGAUGCGUAAAUUUCACAGGAUGUAGCCUUACCUGGCGAGGGGCAGAACAUAUGGCAAAUGUUUUAAAGCACCAGGCAAUGAAAAGGCAUAAUGAAGCUUGGGCUGAAAGCCUAUGUUAUAGGAGACCUGACUUGGACUGUAUGACAGGCUUGAGGCGCAUUACUUUCAACUGCAACAUGCUUGUUGGAGAUAGAGGAGCCAGCGCCUUUGCAGACUGCCUAGGAGAGGACCUGUGGCUGAAAGCACUUGAUUUGCAGCAGUGUGGAAUAUCCAACGAAGGAGCAAAGUCGUCAUUUGAUGCUCUACAAGUUAAUAGAACAUUAGUGGUACUUGACAUAAGAAAAAAUUUAAUUCUAGAUCAUGUUUUGAUGAAAAGCAUUAUUGAAAGAGUUCUUAUGAAUGGAAAUAGUGCCAAUUCAGAGUAUAAGUGGCUGACAUCUCCAUCUUCAAAGGAUGCUUUGAAAACUAGACCGAAGAAAAGAACUAUUGUCCUAGGAAGUGGUUGAAAAGGAAAAGCUACUAUUCGUAUUGGAUUAACAUCUAAAAAUUCUGUGAGUCCUGGGGGGGAAAAAAAUCCAUCUGUGAAAGACAGUUAUUCACCAAAACCACUACCACCAGGCACAAAAGGCUUCCUUCCUUGGUGCACUGCGGAACGUGCAAAGAGAUGCAGGGGGGCUCCAGUGGACAGUACUCAAGAGUUACCAGUGAAGAUUCAGACAGAUAUUCCUAUGAAAGUCACAGUAGAAAGUGCUGCUACUUCUGAAGAGACAGAAGAAUCGGAUGAUAUUAUCCAUCAUCCUGACUUGACAAAAUCAUUAGAUAAAAUUAAUGUAACAAAGUAUCAGCAAUUCUAGUUGGAACUAGAAGAAUGCCUACUAAAAUUAAAGGAAGAAACAAGAGCCAGAGUAAAGGCUGAGGAACGGAUAAUGGAGUUGGAAAUUGAAAAUGCAAGGUUGAGGAACCUAAACAUCUCCCUAUCUGAGGUUCUUCAUGCACAGUCGGUAACCAACAUGAUUUUGGAAGAUGAAGGUGUUCUAGGCAGCAUUGAGAACUCUUUCCAAAAGUUUCAUGCUUUUUUAGACUUCCUUAAAGAUGCUGGACUUGGGCAACUCGCUGCAUUAGCUGGGAUAGACCAGUCAGAUUUUGGUCUAUUGGGGCAUCCACAAAUGAAUUCUACUCUUACUAAACCUGCUAAGAUGCUAAAGGAGAAGUCAUUUGAAGAAGAAAGACAAGAACAUACCCAGAAUAGUAAAAAUGGAGGUAGAGACAUCCAGGUUUCUCUUCCUGGCACACUUCAGGUUGUUGUGCAACAGCAGCCAGGCUUAUGGAAAGAAAACGAAUCUCAAACAAUUAGCCAAAAUAAGGAGGAUAACCCCCAAAAUAGCACUCCAACAUUCUCUGAGAGGAGAGUCAAACAAAACGAACAUGCAAAAGGACAUCACUUAGCUAGACAAUCGGUUACUAGUCUGCAUUCAUUUUCUGCUUCCAGUGUGAAUAUUAAAAGUAAUGGUAGCAAAAAAUCCAGUUGCACUUCUGGUGAAAAAAGCAAAAGUUCUUCUUCAAAGAAAUACAUCCACAGAGCAAAUGAAACUGCAAUUGUAAGUACUGUAGCAAGAGGAGACCAAAGUAGACUGCAGACAGCAGACCUCUCUGGAACUGAUACUGUAGGAUCUGGUUCUGAAAUUCAAGUGCUGGUCAUAGAAUGAAUACUCUUGUAAUGUUUCUGAAAUGUUUGGACUGUUCUUUAUACUUGCAAAAUUAAAAAUAAAUUUUGGAUGCCUUAGUAUAGC